CGAAAUAAAUAAUUAUCCUCCGAAAUAUCAGAAACAUAUUGAAUAUUUUUGAAUAGACUGUAUAGAAAAGUGUAAAAAUCCAUUUCAAUGGCUCGUAGAAAAUGGACCGACUUAGAAAAAGUAUCUCUUUCUUCACCAGUUCUCGAAGUAAUUGAAAGCUUAGGAUUUAAGAGGACUACACCGGUUCAAAGUGCUUCAAUACCGUUACUGCUUCAAAGAAAAGAUGUCAGUGUCGAAGCUGUGACAGGUUCCGGGAAGACACUAGCUUUUUUGGUGCCUAUGUUAGAGAUGUUACAAAAUCGUCACAUCGAUACCCCUUGGACGUCCAAAGAAAUUGGUGCGCUGAUUAUAUCACCAACCCGUGAACUUGCCUUUCAGAUAUCUGAAGUUCUAGAGAAAUUUUUGCAAAAAAAAGAAUUGAAUUAUUUACGUCAGAAAUUGGUCGUGGGAGGCAGCAGCAUAGAGGAAGACAUUUCUGCCAUUAAAAAAGACAGCCCAUGUAUUUUAAUAUGUACGCCAGGUCGAUUGGAGGAUUUAUUUGAGAGAAAAGGUGAUCUUAACCUUGCCGGUAGGGUAAAAAGUUUGGAAUUGCUUGUUCUUGAUGAAGCUGACCGAUUACUUGAUCUGGGCUUCAAAGCAACUAUUAAUAAUAUUCUUAAUUAUUUACCUAGACAACGUCGUACGGGAUUAUUUUCCGCAACUCAAACUACUGAAGUAACAGAUCUUAUUCGUGCCGGACUAAGGAAUCCUGUCCGAGUUUCGGUUAAAGAAAAAUCGAGCAUUAGUACACCAAUAAAAUUGCAAAACUUUUAUAAAAUCGUACAGCCUGAGGAAAAGUUUUUAUCUCUUCUACAUUUCUUACGCUCACCACUUGCUUCUGUUGGAAAAGUUAUGGUUUUCUUUCCGACUUGUGCAUGUGUGGAAUACUGGAUGACAGUCAUGACACAUUUUCUACCUAAUCGCUGUAUACUGGGAAUACAUGGCAAAAUGAAAAAUAAACGCAGAAUUACUGUGGAAAAAUUCAGGCAGGCGCCGGACGCGGUGUUACUCUCUACUGAUGUACUAGCACGUGGUCUAGAUGUGCCUGAAAUUGACUGGGUGGUACAAUGGGAUCCGCCAGCAAAUGCAAGUAGUUUUGUACAUCGUGUAGGGCGUACAGCUCGACAGGGUAACGAAGGCAAUGCUUUAGUAUAUCUGCUGCCAACGGAAGAUGCUUAUAUUACUUUUUUAAAGAUAAACCAAAAAGUUGAACUAAGUGAACUACAAGAUGCCAAUCACAGUAGCGAAGAACUGGAGCAAACUCUACAAAAACUACAUUCCCUGCAAUUAAAGGAUAAAGAUGUUUUUGAUAAAGGAACUCGUGCCUUCGUAUCACACGUCCAGGCAUAUACAAAGCAUGAAUGUAAUGCAAUUUUACGUUUAAAAGAUUUGGAUUUGGGAAGAGUAGCUACAGCUUACGGAUUACUUCAAAUGCCACGCAUGCCAGAAUUGAAGAAUUGUGAAACAACGAGUUUUAUUGGACCUAAAUGUGAUGUAGAUAUAUCAAAAUUAUGCUACAAGAAUCCCCAAAAGGAAAAAAUACGACAAGAAAAACUUAAGGUCUAUGAAGAAAGUGGUAUAUGGCCGGGGAAGAAGAAGUUUAAAAAGCGUACUGAAGCCUGGGAACAAACGAAGAAGGCGAAAAUGGAUUCAAAAACUAAAAAAGAACUAAGAAAAGCUAAGAAGCAGCGAAAAAUCGAAAACGGAGUGCCAGGCGAUAAAACAAAGAAAAGGAAGCCCCAAUAUACACAAGAAGAUUUAGAUGAACUAGCAAACGAUAUACGCCUAUUUAAGAAGCUGAAAAGAAAUAAAAUUUCCGAAGAGGAUUUCGAUAAAGAAAUGGGUAUUGAGGAUUAGACGCACAUCAAUAUAAUUUGCGAGUGCAUACCUUAUUUUUAAGUACAAAUCUGUAACUAAAUUAAUAAAGUUUUACAAUUUCCUUUGUAAAAGAUAUAA